GAACAAUAUAAUGUUGGUGCAUUUGCAUGAGUGACGCCGAAGAGUUGGGUUAGAAAGUGCCGGGUUUCUAGUGUUUGUUGGGGUCAUUGGGGUUCCAUUUCCAGGCAGAUACUUGUCUUUAUCCAUGGGCAAAUCAGUGAUGGCCCUGAAAGUGUUGCGAGGCCUCGUGGGGUUAAAUUUGAAGUUGAGUAGCCGCAACUUGCGCCUAAGCGCCGCUCACAGACACGGCGAGUACGAGUGGCAGGACCCCAAAUCGGAGGCCGAAGUGGUUAACGUUACGUUCAUCGACAAAGACGGCCAGAAAGUUCCCGUCAGGGGCAAGAUUGGCGACAACUUGCUCUACUUAGCCCACAGGCAUCAGAUUCCCAUGGAAGGGGCUUGUGAGGCUUCACUAGCUUGCACAACCUGCCAUGUCUACGUACACCACGACUUCACAGACAAGCUGCCCGAAGCGAUGGACGAGGAAGAAGACCUGCUGGACAUGGCGCCUUUCUUGAAGGAAAACUCCCGGCUGGGCUGCCAGAUUGUCCUCACCAAAGACCUUGAGGGACUGGAAGUGGAGCUGCCAAAGGCCACCCGGAACUUUUACGUGGACGGCCACACGCCGAAGCCGCACUAAAGGCACGUGCGUCGUUCUGUUCGGGCGUACUGUCGGCGCAGGUGACCCGAUUGUUGCACCAAAAGUGGCAAACGGUCAUCUUGUUCUGCGUCAGAGUACCCGUCUUGUCCGAGCAGAUGAUCGAGGUAGAGCCCAACGUUUCGACCGCCUCCAGGUUCUUCACCAGGCAGUUCUUCGCCGCCAUCCGCUUGGCGGUCACCGACAGGCACACCGUCACCGUGGCCAACAGCCCUGCAAACCAGCAAUAAAACUUCUCCAACGGA